AUGGCAGGCUUUAGGGUGAGCGUUGGAGACAACUUCAGAAAAACUCUUGGUGUUAUCAAGUAUGAGGAAGGUGGUCUCUCCCUUACAGCCAUUAUUGCCAUAGGGGCUGGUGUAGGUGCAUUCUUCCUGAUCUGCCUCCUUAUAAUCAUUCUUGUCUGUGUGGCAUAUCGCAAGAAAUCCCAAGAGAGUGACCGCGUGAUGAAGAGAAUGCAGACGCAGAUGGAUGUUCUGGAGAUUCGCGUGGCUAAGGAGUGCAAAGAAGCUUUUGCUGAACUGCAGACGGACAUGACGGAAGUGACCAGUGAUCUCUCUGGCGUGGUGGGAAUCCCGUUCGUAGACUACAGGACGUACUGCAUGCGCGUGUUGUUUCCAUCUACAGAUGAAUAUGACCAUCCAGUACUCAGAGAUCUACAGUAUGAGUAUGGUCGCCAAGACAACCUAGAGAAAGGAAUGAAGCUGUUCACUCAGCUCGUCAACAAUAAAACAUUCCUGUUGCUAUUUGUGCGAACACUUGAAUCCAACAAGUACUUCUCCAUGCGUGAGCGCGUCAACGUGGCCUCGCUGAUAUCUGUCGCACUUCAGAACAAAAUGGAGUAUCACACAGAUAUCCUAAAAACCUUGCUGGCAGAGUUGAUAGAGAGAUCUGUGGAGGGAAGAAACCACCCAAAACUUUUGCUCAGGAGGACGGAAUCUGUAGCAGAAAAGAUGCUGACCAACUGGUUCACAUUCCUGCUGUUCAAGUUCCUGAAGGAGUGUGCUGGCGAGCCCCUCUUCAUGUUGUUCCGUGCCAUCAAGCAGCAAGUGGACAAGGGGCCAGUGGACGCAGUGACCAGUGAGGCCAAAUAUUCCCUCAGUGAAGACAAGCUCAUCAGGCAUGGCAUUGAGUACAGAACUGUGGUAAGUGAGUGGCGCACUGGUGAACGUGGACGUGUGAUCCUCCAAGACGAGGAUCUUACAACCAAACCCGAGGGCGAGUACAAGAAGAUUAACACACUGGGCCACUACAAGGUGCCGGAUGGUGCCGUGAUGGCGCUGGUACCAAAACAGAAGGAGUACAUGACUUUAACAUCAUCUUCCAGUAUGAGAUUUGGUCAUCAGUAUGAAAACUCCACCUACUACUCAGGAAUGAUGCAUGGCAGUCCCUCCCUGAAUCGCACUGUGUCUCCCACAGCAAUAAGCAUAGAAAUGGAGAAUAAGGGGACCAAAUAUUAUCAUGUUGUGAAGCCACAAGAAAACGAAGUCCAGAAAGACGGAGAAAGGGGAAGCAAGAUGGUGUCAGAGAUCUACCUAACGAGGUUACUGGCCACCAAGGGCACGUUACAGCAGUUUGUGGAUGACUUGUUUGAGACGAUCUUCAGCACAGCACACAGAGGGAGCGCGCUGCCACUGGCCAUCAAGUACAUGUUUGAUUUCUUGGAUGACCAGGCACUUCUUCAUGGUAUCACAGACAUUGAGACAGUUCACACGUGGAAAUCAAACAGUCUUCCAUUACGAUUCUGGGUCAACAUGAUCAAGAAUCCCAAUUUCGUGUUUGACAUCCACAAGUCCAAUAUCGUGGAUGCGUGCCUGUCUGUGGUGGCACAAACUUUCAUGGAUUCCUGCUCAAUGAGCGAGCACAAGCUCGGCAAAGAUUCACCGUCCAGUAAACUGUUAUACGCCAAGGACAUUCCCAAGUACAAGAAAUGGGUAGAGAGGUAUUAUCAAGAUAUCAAGCUCAUGCCUGCCAUCAGUGAUCAAGAUAUGAACGCCAUGUUGGCUGAGGAGUCAAGGCUCCACAACGUGGAAUUCAGUGCCAGUAGCGCUGUGUACGAACUCUAUCAGUAUGCUGACAAGUACAUAGAACAACUCAUGACUUCCCUGGAGGAGGACGAGUUUGCAAGGAAGAACAAGCUGGCGUCCAGAUUGGACCAGAUCAGGCAAUACAUGGAGUCAGAUUCUGUUGUCUAGACACAGAUAUCUGUUAGAUGGUCAGCUGGGCACCAUCAGUGAAGAAAAAUAAACUAAGUGCCACUUUUUACUGAGAUCUUCCAAUUCGCUACCAUAAAUGACUAAGCAGGGAGAAAAAACUUGGUUGAAAUACACAUUUCUCCUUUUGCCAAAGUUUAUGGAGUUGGCUCUGUAAAGCUCAAGAAGGAUGUUGCCUUGUAUAUAUAUCACUGUACAUAUAGUGAAGUGAACUUGGAACAGAUUUGACUUUCUGGUGUUGACUGGCUUGCUUUAAUACUGCAAGAUCUUAAAACUAAUGGAACACCACUAAACAGACAGGAGAGAGAGAACUCAGAGGACAAAACGCCUGCAUUCCAAAAGCAUUUUUGUUUUGAAGACCAGUUACUUACUUAAAGAAGAGAAAUUGUGAAGAAAAUACUACCCUUAUAGGAAUCUGUUUGGAAUAUCCCAAACAUUUGGAAUUAAGUUCAUAGUCACAUCUUUGUGAAUCUGAAUUGGGAAGAAAACAUUGGUGUGUGGUUUGAGACUUUAUCAGUUAGACAGUAAGCAUGGCAAGCUUAUGCAUUGUCCUUUGUUUAAAACGAGAAUUUGCUUCAGAGGCAUAUCAUCUGACAUUGGUCACAGUCUCCACGGCUAUUCAGCUCCAUUCCUUCGAGGUUUUAUUGGAAUAUUUUAUUGUGAUACAAAUGCAGUUCUUCCAUGUUUGUUGAAGCAACGAAACCUGUUAAAUUGCACAGGUGACCUUGAGGAAUAUUUUUUACAUUUGAAGACUUCACUUUUCCCCCCAGGUUUUAACAUGCUUACAUCAAGUAUUUUAUCUGAUAGGUCAAACUCUUUUAAUGGUGUCAUUUAUGCUUUUUCCUUCAAAAUAUCUUAAUCUGAUUAUAGGUGAAAUGGAUAUUCAACUUUGGAAAGUGACAAAUUCUAAUUACUCAUUUUAGGAGUAAUUAUUAAACAUAUACAUGAACAUUUUUAUCACAGUCCAUUGGUACAAAUAGCAUUUUGUAAGCAGCGAAUCUGCCAAUCGGUCAGGCAAAUUGAUAUCUGAGAUCUUAUAAAUAUAUAUUAGUUCCAAUUAAUACAUAUUUAUGAAAGUCCAUGUCCUUGCUCAAUGCACAGUACACAGGUGCUUCACAAGUGAGAUAAACUGCUCCACACAUGUGUAUAAUGUGUUUAUAUGCUGUAUAAUUACAUGUACAUGUACAAGCAAAGCGCAAACAACCGACCAUGCACUAAAAAAAAGCACACACACUGUAAAUGUCUUAAAUUGGCCUGAGAGGAAGAAAAUUUCAAUCAGAUAUGUUCAGGAAUGUGCUCAACAAUGGUCUGGUUAAAUCCUGACAAUUACAGCUCUGAUUGUUGCAGACAUUUUUAAUCAUGUUUAAGGUGCACAGUGGCCAAAUUAGGAAAUGAAAUAAAGGUGACGUAUUUUAGAAAAAAUGCUAUUGAUUUAUUAACCAAUGGUGGCCAGUGGUAGAAAUUGACCUUUUCAUGGGUGAGGUAUCUUUAGGCGUUAGCUAGACCCUUUACAAAGACUAUAUUUUAUAGCACAAAAUCACCGUAAACGAGUCAUGUGGUCUAAUAUCACCUCAUCCAGUAGAUUACUUUCCUAUUUUAAUCAUUGUGUAAUUAAUUGAAAUAAGAAAGCUUGUUUAGGGGGUUUUAGAAGCCUGUUUUUGCUGAAGUGGAACAGUUCAUGGGGCAUGGAUUCGUCUUGGGUCCAUUGACAUGUGGCGACCUCUAUCAGCUGGGUUAAAAUACUGGUUUUACAAGAAUGAAAGUACAUGUGUACGCCAUUGAUGGCAGGAUGAUUAGUAAAUAUAAUGUUAGAGGAAAUUUGAACAUUGCAGUCAUCUUGCAAAGUUGGUUUUAACAUCUUCAUUGUAUUUUAUUCAAAUUGACCUUUUUAUCAAGUCUAUUUUUAUAUGUGCAAGUCUGUGAAGAUGAAUGAGUUGCACUUCUGUUUCUUAGUUGUGAUAGUGACAAUAAAUGUAAAUAGAUAUUAGAGAGAGUCAGAGGAUUGUCUAAAUGGUCAAGAAAAAUGUCAGUUUUACAUUGACAAAUGACACCAGGUUAUACAAAAUGUAUAGAUUUAAUGAUGUCCUGGACAUUCCCAUUGACUACAAAAGACAAGCUAUUGAAAUAAUUCUUGUACAUAAAUGUAUUUAUAAAAUGCCAUACCUUUAGCACUAUGCACAGGUUUGUGAUUAGUUACCUUUUAAUUGCUUAAUGUACAGGUGGUUUUGGUAGCUACUUAAAAGCAAUACAAUGCAUGAUACGCAUAGAACAUUGUGUUUUUAUUAUAAUUAUGAUUUACUUCACCCUUUGGCGUGAAAUGGUCUUUUAAGAACGAUUUCAAAAACAAUUUUUGGCUAGCUUUCUUCCAAUGUUUGGUAUUUUAAAAUGAAGGCUUAUAGAAACAGGAACACAGUAGAAUUACUUUGAUUAUUUGUGUGAACAAUUCAGUGCUUUCUCAAUGUAGUUGACACUGCUUCUGGCACCCUGAGUUUGGGAGGAGCUUUUUAUAUUAUAUCUGGAUUUUAUUUUAGGUGGCCUGGAGCUUGCCUCUGAAACUCAGGGUGCCAGCAGAUAGUCUAAUCUAGUCCAUGCUGUGAUACAGCAGGUGCUUUUGCACCCUGAAAUUGAGGGCUUGUUGCUGGACAAAUUAUAUAUUUCAACAUAUCCCUGAAUAUUGAUUGAAUCAUAGCAGUCUGCCAGCAAGGCUUGAGUUUCAGGGUGUUGCUUUCUGUGCAGCACAGUGAGAUUGUCUUGUUUUGUCAGCACGUUGAAGCUCAUUUUUACUAUAUUUGAAUGUUGGAAUAUCAUGUGAUGUGUGUCAACCCUUCAUUCAAAUGUUAUUAUUAUUUUGUAUUUUAAAGUGUUUUAUUCAUACAAAGGAUAUUUUUAAGGUUUGUGUUUGUGUAUGGUUUCCUUUUGCCAAUUCUGCUUCAUAUUGCAUUAGAUGAACCGCAGUUGUUUCUUGUGUACUUAAAAGAUAUUGUUAUUUGCAUGGGUUUAAUUGUUCCCAGUGUGUGUCUCUUUCAAAAUUCCAUUCACACCUUUAUCAAAUAUAGCUUAAAACCAGACAGGAAAUAUGCGUGGCAUUCCAAGGGUUAUAUGUAUACGUAUCAAAAUAUACCCACAGUGCCUAUAUCCUAAUCAGAGAAUUUUUUUCCAAAUUCCAUUUCUUUUCGUAAAUGACACAAUUAUUUUUUUUUUCUUCAUUCUUAACAUUUAAUACUGGAAACUGUAGUAAUUGUUACGUGUUAAAAGUGGCUGUCUAUCAACUUUUUGUGUGAUGGCUGUUCUAUACAGACUAGAUAUUCAUACAGGUGUAUUGUCACACAGCUGAGCGCAUUGUCUAUUUGUACAUAUUGCUGAGUAUUCAUUUAAAGGCUGAUAUACAGAUGGAAACUUUGUAAAAACACAUAAAUGAUUGUUAUUAGAGAGAUUUUGCGAUUUCAGAAUAGAUUUUAUAUACAUUCUUAAUAACAAAAUAAAUGAUUGCAGAGAUGAU